AUGAGCACGUUUGUGACCCUGGCCGAGGUGCUGGAGUCACGAGCAGCACCGCUGGAGGAGGACGAGGUCUGGGCUCUGCUCUUGGGUGCCACAGAAGCUCUGAUAGACAUCUCCAGUAAAGAUGAUGGGAACAUGUGCUGUGUCAUUAGCCCCGGCUCCAUGCUCCUCUCUGCAGUCGGCAGUAUUGCCUUCAAGACCUGCAGCCGAUCUGAAGAUGUGGGUUCAUUCACUUGCCCAGAAAUGUCUCAGAGCAACACUUCCUCCAGGAGACUGGCCUCAGAGAAGAUGGUGGUUUACUCACUAGGCAUGACUCUUUAUUGGGCAGUGGAUUAUAAUCUUCCACAAAAUCAGCCUGUCCAGCUCAGCGACACCCUGAACAGUCUUCUACUGAGCAUGUGCGAGGAUGUGGCUCACAGACGGGUGAAUCUCCUGACGGUGCUCGAGACGGCUGAACAUCACCAUCAGACUGCAGUCCUGCCGCGGCCAGAGAAAACCAUCAGACAGAUGGCAGAGGAUGUACUUCAGACUGAAAAACCCUCAAAUGAUUCUGCUCAUCUCAUAGACCGAAGCCAAAUGGUUAGAGAAAGACUUCGGGGUGCUUCCAGUCAGAACUCCGUUUGGACACAAAAAGGGAACAGCACACCGUCAGCAGCAGACUUCAGCAGAUGUCACAGUUCACACCAGAGGAGCAGAAACAGCACAUAUAUGAGCCAAAGUCCUGUUCUUGACCGACGGCGUCAGUUCGCCUUAAGGCCAGAUCAGCUGUUUGCCUCUUCUUUUAGCCUUAAUGAACGGAAAACAAAGGAUACAGGCCCAGAAUUCAUCCGGAUGCUGGAAGAGCCUCUUGUCGUUUUAGAGCUGCCUAAUUCUAUUGUGUCAAACAAAGGGAAGUCAAGUUCAAACCAAAGGGACUUGACGGUUUUGAUGCCAAAUGGACAGAACGUUCUGCUCAAGUGUGAUGUGAAGUGCAGAGGACGCGACGCGUUCGAUAUGAUCGUCGCUCACACAAACCUCGUCGAGCAUUUCUACUUUGGCCUUGCAUAUAGUUAUGAUAAUGAAUUUUUCUUUCUCGACAAUGACACAAAAAUAUCGAAAGUUGCCCCAGGUGUCUGGAAAAAAGUGCCCACUGCCACAUUCGUGCUUCACUUCCGCGUUAAAUAUUUUGUGAACGACGUCUCUCUCCUCCUAAACAAGUUCACCCGUCAUCAGUUCUACCUGCAGCUCAGACGUGACCUUCUGGACGAUCGGCUGCAGUGCAAUGAGGAGACCUGCCUGUUUCUUGGUGCCUUGGCUCUUCAGGCUGAGUUUGGGGACAGUUUGCCUGAGGUCUAUGGGAAGAACUACUAUCAGCCUGAGCAGUAUGUUUCUAAGAGUGUUGUGCAGAAAAUGGCAAUGCCGUGCCUGAAAGAAGAGCUGCUGCGUUUACACGUCAACAAUGCCAACAUGAGCGCAGAGGAAGCCGAACUCGAGUUCCUCAAGAGCGUUCAGCAGCUGCCGGAGUACGGUGUGCUGUUUCACCGUGUGGCCCGAGAGAAGAAGCCUGUGUUUGGAGAGCUGCUGCUGGGAGUCUGUGCCAAAGGCAUCACUGUGUAUGAAGUUAUUAAUAACUGCCGCACCGCAAGCCUUACAUUCCACUGGAGAGACACGAGCAGCAUCACCUCAGCUCGGCGCAAGUUCAUCAUUGAGUGCAGCACCAGCAAAAAGAAGCACGUCUUUCUGACCGAAAAGUCCAAAGUUGCCAAAUACCUGUGCGACCUCUGCGCCGCACAGCACAAGUUUCACAAAGAGAUGAGCUCUCGGCAGCUCACGCACAGCCUGGCUUCAGAGGAAAGUAUUGUUCAAUACGCAGCCCUGUGCAGAGCUCAGAAUCAUGAGGUGAACGACGCAGAAGCUGACGAAUCCAUGAGCAAACUCUGUGAAGACAUCGCCACGCGGAUCGAGGCCAAGAUCAAAGUACAGCGAGACUUACUGGACAACACCGGAUCCCAAAGUCCAGUUCUACAGAGAAGCCUUUGUAGUACUCCAAAGCGCGGCUCUGACGUCCCUUCAGUGUCUUCGCCUCUAAGAGACACGCCAACAGGUGCUCGUCCUCCAGAGAGAGAAAUCAUCUGCGUUUCCCUUAAAAAAGACCCCAAAGUCGGACUUGGUAUUGUCAUAGUUGGAGAAGACACUGCUGGAAAACUGGACCUCGGGAUUUUCAUCGCUUCGGUUGUACCUGGAAGUCCAGCAGAUCGAGACGGACACAUCAAACCAGGUGGUCGCCUGAUCUCUCUGAAUCAGAUCAGUCUGGAGGGCAUGUCCUUCAGUGAAGCUGCGGACAUCAUGCAGAGCAGCUCCAAUGACGUGGAGCUCAUCAUUUCACAGCCCAAAGCUCAGUGUAAGCGUGGAGGAGCUGUUUCUUUGAACGAGCGCAGCUACGAGUCUCAGAGCACAAUCCUGGCAGACGGCAGAACAGGAGACGAGUUUCUGGACGAGCUGGUCAGUGUCAUGAUGACCCCGAAAGCCUCUAACAGACUGCACGUUCCCGAGGUCCGCAUUAUUAACGCACAGGAUGAUUAUUCCAGAUCAGCGUCUCUGAUCAGCCUGAGGCCAGAAGAGUUUACAGUGACGCUCAUGAAGUCUGGAGGCAGUCUGGGCAUCAGCAUUGCUGGAGGAGUGAACACAGGUCUGCGCUACGGUGGGAUUUACAUCAAGAGUCUGGUGUCAGGUGGAGUGGCGGAACAAGACGGACGAAUACAGACAGGAGACAGACUGUUGGAAGUGGAUGGCAUCAGACUGCAGGGAUUCACAGAUCAGCAGGCGGCUGAAUGUUUGGCCAGAACAGGCGAGGUUGUGGAUCUGGUUCUAGAGCGGGACGGCGGCUCUAUGCUUCAGCGAGGGCCUGGAAGUCCUCAGCUACGGCACACUCUCUCCAUCUGCACCCCCGGUCCUGCUGGAACACAGGCCAGGAAGAGCUGUCCUGCCAUCCCCAUGACCAGACCCUUCAACAUCAAGCCCAGAGACUACAGCUUUGUGUCGGACGACAACAUUCAGGAGGUGACGCUUAAGAAGAGGCUGAACGGCCUGGGCUUCAGCUUCUUCAUCUCAGAGCUGGACACGUCUCUGGACCGCGGCUCCAUCGUGAGGAUAAAAACACUGUUCCCAGGUCAGCCGGCAGAGGAGAGCGGCAAGAUCCAGGAGGGAGACGUCAUUCUGUCCAUCAAUGGAGAGCCGCUCAAGGGCCUAUCCUAUCAGCACGUCCUGCAGUUAUUGAGGAAUUCCCCUUCAGAAGUGCGGAUGCUUCUCUGCCGUCCUGCUCAAGGAACACUUCCAGCAGUAUCAGAGAAAAUAGGCCAACUGACCUGCAGCUGA